AUGGCAAACACAAAAUACCCGACUGGAGUCUCUGUGCGACUGGCUUCGAGAGAUGGUUCCCUGACUGGCGUUACAUCUGGCGUUGCACCCUCCUUUCUUCAAGCAAACCUCAUCGUUCUUCCAUCUCGCUAUGCAGACGAUUUCCGCCUCCUCUGCGCUCGGAAUCCUGUCCCUUGUCCUCUCCUAGCCGAGUCCUCGCAGAUUGGCUCUCACGACAGUCUGAAGUCAUACAUUGAUGGCUUGUCAGGCGAUGCAAUCGCAUCCGACAUUGAUAUCCGUCACGAUGCUCCCCGAUACAUGGUCUACCAAGACGGGAAGCUGGUGGAUUCGCAUGUCCCAGACGUCACUGCACAAUGGACUGAAGACCAUGUUGCAUUCUUGAUCGGAUGCUCAUACAGUUUCGAGACCGCUUUGGUCAAUCACGACCUUCCACCUCGUCAUACUGUCACACAGCGAAACGUCCCCAUGUACCGAACGAACAUUCCACUUUGUCCUGCUGGUGCAUUCACUGGAUCAACAUACGUUGUAUCGAUGCGUCCAUACGCACGUUCGGAUGUGGAGAAAGUGAGGGACAUAACUCGGCCAUUUGUGACUACACAUGGUGAGCCCAUCGCUUGGGGCUGGGACAGUAUGAGGAAUUUGGGCAUUUCAGAUAUCAAUAAGCCCGACUGGGGAGAUGCACCGCUGGAGAUGGAUGGUCAACCGCUGGAUGUAACCAAUCCGGAUGUUGUACCUGUGUUUUGGGGUUGUGGUGUAACUCCUCAAGAAGCUGUGAUGAGAGCAGAACUGAAGGGUAUCGUCUUGGGACAUGCUCCAGGACACAUGAUUCUGCUUGAUGUCAAGGAUGGAGACGUGUUCAAUGUCAAGUAG